UCUAAUUUUAGCCCAUACAAAUGGAGAACCCCUAUAAAGAGCCUCCUAAAAGAUGUAUCUUGUGUGGAAUAAAUGUAGACUACAAGAAUGUGCAGCUUCUCUCCCAGUUUAUUUCUCCGCACACUGGCUGCAUUUAUGGCAGGCAUAUAACAGGCUUGUGUAACAAGAAGCAGAAGGAAAUUACAAAAGCCAUUAAAAGAGCCCAUGUAUUUGGAUUUAUGCCAGUUAUGUUCAAGAACCCAUCAUUUCUCACAGACCCCAAGAUAUGUAAUAUCAAGUAUCCAGAGUAAUAUAAAGAAAUAAACAAUAAAAC